UCAAUGAAUAAGACACACUAUUCUUCAGUGUCUGAAUUUGUGUUCCUGGGACUUUCUACCUCUAGACCAGUGCAACAGUUUCUCCUUGUCUUCUCUUUAGUGAUUUUUCUGAUGAUUGUUUUAGGAAAUUUCCUCGUUAUCUUGACAGUAAUCCUUGACUCUCGUUUGCAUUCCUCUAUGUACUUCCUUUUAGCCAACCUCUCCUUUAUCGACUUCUGUCUUUCCACCUUGACGGUGCCGAAGGUGGUUUAUGACCUGCAUACUGGUAACCAAGCCAUCUCCUUCCGUGAAUGUGUCAUCCAAAUAUUUGUUCUUCACUUCCUGGGUGGAUGUGAGAUGGUGCUGCUCAUCGCCAUGGCUUUGGACCGCUAUGUGGCCAUAUGCAAGCCCCUCCACUACCUGACUAUCAUGAGUCCACGAACGUGCACUGUGCUCCUGUGUGGUGCUUGGGUCAUAGGCUUCAUCCACUCUGUGGCCCAGUUAGCUUUUGUUGUUCAUCUGCCUUUUUGUGGUCCUAAUGAGAUAGACAGCUUUUUCUGUGAUCUUCCUAGGUUUAUCAAACUUGCUUGUGCAGACACCUACGUAUUAGAAUUCAUCAUCACUGCCAACAGUGGCUUCAUUUCCUUGGGCACCUUUCUCUUACUGAUUAUCUCCUACAUUUACAUCCUGGUCACUGUGUGGAAACACUCUUCAGGUGGUUUGUCCAAAGCCCUCUCCACUCUGUCAGCUCACAUCACUGUGGUGGUCUUGUUCUUUGGACCUUGCUUCUUUGUUUAUGUGUGGCCAUUUCCUCCUGUACCACUGGAUAAAUAUUUUGCCAUCUUGGACUUUCUGGUCACACCCAUUCUGAAUCCCAUCAUUUACACGUUGAGGAACAAGGAUAUGAUGAUGGCAAUGAGAAGGUUGAGCAGUCGAGUACUACAUUUAAAGAGGAACCCCUAG